AUGAGGACGAAGAACGGCCAGGCAAGGCGCACACGCCUGCCAGUUGUCAAAUGGCGCGAGUGCCAGCGUCCAGAUGGCUUCACCGCUUGGCUACAAUUACUUCAUAGCUACACCAAGAGACUGCACAUACAUGGAUUGAAUCAACUUCUUCUGCCCACAAUGCGUCGACGCAUGCGCCUGCUCUGGUGUCUGGCUCUGGUUUGUGCCGGCACGGUUCUAAUUUCUGUAUGCUACUUACUGGCCGAGCGAUAUCAACGCAAGCAUUUCAGGACAAUUAUCGCCAAUGCGCAUGCCCCCAUGUAUCACAUCGCCUUCCCCGUCGUCAUCGUGUGCAACAAGAAUCGUCUUAACUGGUCGCGUCUAAAGGAAAUUAGCCAGAAAUACAACAUAACUGGCGCUCAUCAGCCGUUGUUUGAGCGUGUCCUCACAGCCUACGAUGCUCUGAGUUUUCGACACUUUCACGUAUUCGACAAAUUGUCCAACGAUACUUUGCAUUCACUAAAUCACCUGAACUUUACGGAAAUUGUCAGCGAGCUGGCCUGGCGCUGCGAUGAGAUAAUGCUGGAGUGCAUCUGGCAAAUGAAACCACGUGAUUGCUGCAAAUUGUUUCGACCACGUCGGCAACCCCAAGGCAUGUGUUUGGCGUUUAACGAGCUCGAGCAGAGACAUAUAGGCGAUUCUGGGAUUGGCACUGGCUUGAUAGUACGUCUGUUGUUGCGCCAAGAAAGCCAUGCACCGAAUAAUUACCGCCCCAAAGGGUUUGUGUUAAACAUUUUGCAAUCUUCUGUAUGGUCUGGAUAUCCCAUAGAGCUUUUACCAGAGUCAACCACGCGCACCAACAUUGGAGUUAGUGCAGUCCUCCAUUAUUUCGAUGAAAACACUUUCGAUCUACCCAUUCAUUGGAGGCGCUGUAUACGCGAUUACGAGCGGAAUAGUCCUGAAUUUAGGACGUUGCUUGGUCACAAGUAUAUGUUGGAAAAUUGCAUAGCAGAGUGUUAUCAGUUGUAUAUGCUGCGUUACUGUAACUGUACGCUUGACCUCUUCUAUCCACCAUCCAAUUAUCCGCCCUGCCGACUAGUCGACCUGCCGUGUCUUGCAGCGCACAACGGCGUGCUGCAAAACUAUGAGGAGGUGGGGGAGCGUCCGUAUGUGCACAGCUCCAGGCCGGGAAUGGUCUGCGAAUGCAUGCACAAUUGCCAUUCCCUUGAACUGCUAACCGACUUGCGUAAAAGCGUCCUGAUGCCAUGGCAGUUUUCGAAUACAACAAAAGCUAUUACCUUCAAUAUAUAUUAUAAUCGCGAUGAAAUGCUGAUCUAUAAAACCGGUCUGAUUUAUACCUGGGUAGACUUAUUGGUCUCUUUUGGCAGCAUUUGCCAGCUCUGUCUAGGCUGCUCCCUAAUAAGCCUCAUAGAGUUGUGCUAUUUUGGAAUAAUUGCCGUACCUCGACUCUGCUGGCAGCAUCAGUGUCUUUCCUAA